AUGGCUUCAAGAGACCCAGCUACUGACCAACUCAUUAACUACAAGAAAACUUUAAAGGAUUCUCCUGGUUUCAUCACCACUAAAUCUGGAGCUCCUGUUGGAAUCAAAACGGCGAUACAAACGGUGGGCAAGAAUGGUCCAGCCUUAUUACAGGAUGUUAACUUUCUUGAUGAAAUGUCAUCCUUUGACAGGGAGCGUAUUCCAGAACGAGUGGUACAUGCUAAAGGAGCUGGAGCUUUUGGGUACUUUGAAGUAACUCAUGACAUCACCAAGUACAGUGCUGCCAAAGUAUUUGAGUCCAUAGGCAAAAGGACACCGAUUGCUGUUAGAUUCUCAACAGUUGGUGGAGAGAGUGGAUCUGCUGAUACUGUUCGUGACCCUCGAGGUUUUGCUGUAAAGUUCUAUACUGAUGAUGGAGUGUGGGAUUUAGUUGGAAAUAAUACUCCCAUUUUCUUUAUAAGAGAUCCAACAUUAUUCCCGAGUUUUAUCCAUACUCAGAAGAGAAACCCUGCAACACAUCUGAAAGAUCCAGACAUGUUUUGGGACUUUUUGACCUUAAGACCAGAGACCAUCCAUCAACUUCUUUACUUGUUUGGAGACCGUGGUAUUCCUGAUGGCUACAGACAUAUGAAUGGAUAUGGUUCCCAUACAUUCAAGCUUGUGAAUUCUCAAGGUGUUGGGUACUGGGUAAAAUUCCACUAUAAGACUAACCAGGGGAUUAAAAACUUAUCAGUUGACAAAGCAGGUGAACUGGCAUCAACUGAUCCUGAUUAUUCCAUUAGAGAUCUGUAUAAUUCCAUUGCAAAGGGUGAUUACCCAUCAUGGACUUUUUACAUUCAGGUGAUGACUAUGGCUCAAGCAGAAAGCUGUAAAUUUAAUCCGUUUGACCUAACUAAGAUCUGGCCACAUGCAGAAUAUCCUUUAAUUCCUGUUGGUAAAUUGGUUUUGGAUAGAAACCCUAAGAAUUACUUUGCUGAAGUUGAACAAAUUGCUUUCAGUCCAUCUAAUUUAGUACCAGGAAUUGAGCCAUCUCCAGACAAAAUGUUACAAGGAAGACUGUUUGCCUAUAGCGAUACACAUCGCCAUAGACUUGGUGCUAACUACCUCCAAAUUCCUGUAAAUUGUCCAUACAAAGUUGCUGUUUCCACCUACCAGCGUGAUGGACCUCAAGCUAUUCACAAUCAAGACGACUGCCCUAACUAUUUCCCCAACUCUUUUUCUGGACCACAAGAAUGUCCACGUGCUCAGCGUUUGCAACCUCGAUACAAUGUCGGCGGAGAUGUAGACCGGUAUGAUAGUGGCCAGACUGAGGACAACUUCUCCCAAGCGACAGCACUGUAUAAACAAGUUUUUGAUGAUGCAGCUAAACAACGAGCUAUUGCCAAUAUAGUAGAUCACCUCAAGGAUGCUGCUGCGUUUAUUCAAGAAAGAGCUAUCAAGAUCUUCUCUCAGGUACAUCCUGAACUUGGAAAUAAAGUAGCAGCUGGUUUAGCUCCUUACAAAAAAUAUCAUGCAAAUUUGUAA